AUGAGUUUAAUCAGUGCAGUAUUAGAGGAAGCUGGUAAAGCAUCAGCUGAAGACUUUAAAAACCGUCGUGAUGAGCUAGUUCCAAAAUUAAAAGAUAUAACGGAAAGAGUUCAAAUGUUAUCAUGGUCUCUACAUCAAAACUUUAUUGACACAUAUUACAACUAUACACCAACAAAAAGUUUAGAACAACUUAAUUAUAAGAACCGCAAAGCAAAUAUAAUAGCUGACUAUUCUGAAUUGCGAGAAGAAACGAAGGCGCUUCAAGAAAAGUUCGAUGAUGUUACUUUACAGGAAUUCAUGAUUGAAUAUGAUAAACUCGAGAAAUCGCUCAGUAAGUUUCAUGAUCUUUGUCAUGUAGCUGAAGGUAAAGCUGUACUUGAUAAGGCGGACCACGAGUUUGGUAGAUACAACUACAUUGAUGCUAUGUUGUGUGUUAAAGAGCUACAAAAUAAAAUACGCGAUCUAGAAUUCGAGGGUAACGGUUUAAAGGCUCUAUCUUCUCUAAAUGCUCAGGCGGAGAAUCAAAUGUCACUCUACACAGCUCAAUUAAGCAUUGAGUGGGAAGACAUAUUCAGUUGGUCAGAAAAAAAGGGUAUGAAUUUCCUUACAUACUCCCUAUCAGUACAGCAAAAUGAUCCUAGCCUUAUUCAAAAGAUUCUCAAAUCACUAUAUGUUACCGACAGAAUACAUGCAGAACUCAGUCUAUUUUCUCACUUCUUUAUAGAUCAGCUAUUGCACAAUGUAAUAAGACACAAUUGUGAAAUAUUCACCGAAGAUCAUAUUGGAGCUUUGGUUUUUAAUAUUAAAAUUGAUUUGAACGACAAAAACAAACCAAAUUUUCAAACUAUCUUUAAUAAUCUGACUGCUAUAUUUGAAUUCCUACAAUCCACUUUGGGUUCCCAAUUCGAGGCUGAUAAAACAUUUAUAGAGGUGUUCUCGGACUCAACAAGCGAUAGGUUCUUUAACAAAAUAAUAGAAGAUUGCAUUAGAAAUAAUCUGCCGUCCUGUGACAGCAGUUAUGAAAAUUACAAAAACAUUGUAACUGAACUGGAUUCAUUUAACAAGUUUUUAAUUGAUUUAAAAUUUGUUACCACUAACAAUUCUCCGUUAUAUAAAUAUAUUAAUGAUACAGAAUGUGUCUUAUAUAAUAAGAAAUGUGAUAAACUUCUCUGUGAUAUUCGUAACUUACUGAGCGAGAGCCUCUCAUUUGGCACGUUAGUCGUUGGAAGUGCCGUUGAAAUGGAAAAUGAUUCAAUAUUAGAUAUUACACAAAAGGAGGUCGUAUAUACACUCAGUAAUCCCCUGUUUCUACCAAGGUGUGUUAUAUCACAGAAUGUAAAGAAAAUCAUGUCCAUAAUAAUAGAACAUUUGGAUGAAAGUGUGAAACUUCCUGAGAAAUAUAGAAAUCAAUUAGUCAUGUACAUAAAGGAUAUAGCUGUGAUGUAUCAAUGUAUUGUACCCAAAAAGUUCAAAGUAAACUUGGAAUGUUGUCCCUUGGAUAUUGCAUUAUUCUUCAAUAACUGCUUCUACCUGGCUCAUAGCUUACUGGGACCUCCGUGGCAAAACUCAUUGCCGACACCACUCGCUGAUUUACUAACAUCAAUGCUUAUAGAAUGUAUACAAGACUUGAGAGUUGUGGGCUUGGAGAAAAUAUCAUUAUAUUUGCAGCAUCAGAAAAAUGUUAUUAUACAGAAAAUUGAGGAAAAUGGUUUGCCAUGGACACACGAGUCAUUUGAAGUAUUAGACAGCGCUGUAAACUAUUCGCUAACAUUAAUGAGAGAAUUACAGAGUUCUUGGUAUAAUGUACUGCCGAUGAAAAUGUAUGAACUAUCUAUAUGUACUUUAAUACAAGUUAUGUGUCAAGCUAUGCUAGACAGACUAUUUGCUAAUACAAAACCUAUUUGUGAAGAUCUCGUUUAUAUGCUGGCUGUUCGGUUUGAAGAUACCAUCUCCGAUGUAUAUACAUUGUUUGAGGAACCGAUCAAACUCGAGAAUAAGAUCAAUAUCUGGAACAAAUUUGUAAAGAUGCCCCAACUUUUAAAAGCUCAGUUGCUAGAGAUAGCUGAGCUUUGGAUCACAGACAUAGAUAUGUCACAGAGCUUCGCCUGCGAGGAAAUAAGACUCAUUAUUAAAAUGAGAUUCCCCGAUGAUAAAUAUAGACUUAAAAUAUUAAAAGAAAUACAUUAG